AUGUUGUGUGUGGUGGCGACGGCGGUCGUACUCGCGGUACUCCGAAUUACCGGCGGUCAGCUGCAUGAGCCUCAGAACGAAGAUCUGCUGCAACGGCAUAAAGAUGUACAGCGACCGGUGAACGGCAGCGGGGGCGGUGAAUGGAAGUGCCCGGAGGUGCGGAACGUGUCGUGCGCAUGCGAUCUCCCGCACACGUUACGCUGUACCGGCGGCAAGUCGACGUUCGAGACGGUGGCUCGGGCGCUCAGGGGUCUGUCUGGCACGUCGUCCAUAUCGCUUCUGGACUGCACCGUGCAGAACGUGGGCUCGCUGCCGGCCAAGAUGCUUGACGGCGUCUCGUUGCACGGGCUGGUCGUGUCGUCCGGCGAGAUCAAGUCUGUGUCGGACGCCGCGUUCGACGGACUAGGGUCUCCGCUCCAGGCACUCGGCUUGCCCAACAACCUGCUUGAGCGGGUCCCCAGCUCAGCGCUGGCCAUGCUCAGCGGUCUCGAGCGUCUCGACCUGUCCCACAACCGUUUGCACACCGUUCACAACAAUUCGUUCAAGGGGUCGCCGAAUUUGACGUUUUUGGAUUUGAGCAAUAAUUCCAUUAAUUUCAUCAGCCCAGACGCGUUCGUUAAUCUGCCAUUUUUGAAAGUGCUCCGACUCCAAAACAAUCUGCUUACGUCGGCCUCGACUUCCCACCUCCAAGGGUUGAGGUCGUUAAUCGAGUUAGACCUCAGUUCCAACCUACUGGCCGGUCAACUGGGCCCCAGCACGUUGCCUAGGUUGCCGAACUUACAGAUCAUAUCGUUGGCGCAUAAUCAGCUCAACAGCGUUCGGCGUGGUUCGUUUGCCGGACUCGAGGGUAUCGUGUCUCUGACGCUUAACCACAAUCAGAUCGACGUACUCGAGGAUCACGGCUUUAGAGCAGUGCCUACUUUGUCCCAUUUGGACUUGGCCAACAAUCGCAUCGUGGCGGUGUCCAGUGCUUCACUCGCCCAUUUGACCAAACUCAAAACGCUUGACUUGUCACAUAACUUUCUGAGGAGUUUGACGUCUGAUCUCAUCGUGCCGCUAAAGAGCAUCCAAGUUAUAAAGCUCGACGACAACGACAUAUCUAUCGUGGCCGAAGGCGCACUGAACACCGGAAACCACAUAACGAGCAUCUCUUUAUCAGACAACCCGUUGAACUGCGACUGUAGUCUAUUGUACUUCGCCGGUUGGCUGUCCAAUCAUAGCUCGACUCAUGCGGCCGGCGACACGGCCGUGUGCGCCACCCCUCCGUCAUUGGAGAACGGUCUGCUUCAGGAUCUGCCCUUGUCCAAGCUGACGUGCGGCGGCGAGGACAGCGUGCCGCCACCGGAAGGUCCACUCGCUUCGAUGCAGCCGUACUCCGGUACGAAAAUCUCGCUUCGCUCCUACCAGUUCGACGGAAGCCGCAUCAGCCUAGGUUGGACAGUCGUAGCGCCGGUCAUAUCCUACUACUGCAACGCGCUAGUCAUCUACGAGGACAUCGGCAACCAUGAAGUAUUGCUCGACUCGAAGCCGGUCAGGUGCAAUUCGUCCCAGUUGCCCGACGCUAGGAGUCUGACGCUUUCGCUAUCGGCUAACGAACUGCAACCGACGCACAGUUACAGGUAUUGCAUUGUACUGGUGGAGGGAUACUCAACGGACAAAUCGGACGAAUCGGCCAUGGUGCUGGGCUGCAGCGACAUCAUCGCAUUGGUACCGAACGCGAACCAAGCAGUGCAGUCCAACAACCGGGCGGUGGCAGCAACUGAGGCGGCGGACCCGCCUGACAUCCAAAACCUGACCACGACGUUCGUGCCGCCGUCAUCGCUGUUCGUGGCCGUACACCUGUCGGUCGUGCACCCGGACGCGGGCAAGUGCACGAUAACGGUGUCCGUGUACACGAUGGGUAGGCCCCUGGCCCACCACCGGUUGAACUGCACGGCGCCCUGGACCACGGUCGCGGAACUGCCAGCCGAGCGGUCGUAUCAGGUAUGUGCCAGCAUCGGUUCAAAGUUCCCCAAGGACGACGAGGAGACCAUGGUGUGCACGUCAGUGGAUGGCAGCGGGGGCGGCAUCGGAGGCAGUGGCCCGGCCGACUGGUUAUUCGCGGUGCUGGGCGCCAAGAGCUACGCGUUCCUGUUGUCGGCCACGUUCACUGCCCUCGUGUUCCUGUUCGUGUUGCUGGUGUACAGAACCGCGUGUCGGGCGUGUAACAACAAGAAGCCCGCCGGCCGCGCGAAUACCGUCCAAACGCACCAGUGCUUCUUGCCCGUGCCGCCGCCCGACAACGGCACCCACCGGACCAGGUACGUGAAACUCCAGGCCACAACCGUCUUAUAA